AUGAUGAAGGUUCACCAUUAUUAUAGCUCUGUGUGUGAGGCCCCAGUGAGGUCAGAAAGGAGACACCAGAGGGACACCAGAGGUCAGGAGACACCAGAGGUCAGGAAGGAAGUCCAAGAAGACACCAGAGAGUUCAGGAAGGAGGUCCAAGAAAACACCAGAGAAGUCAGAAAGGAGGUCCAAGGAGACACCAGAGAGGUCAGGAAGGAAGGCCAAGAAGACACCAGAGAGGUCAGGAAGGAGGUCCAAGGAGACACCAGAGAGGAGGAGGAUCAAAGAGGACCACCUGCAGGAGGAUCAAAGAGGACCACCUGGAUCACAGAGGAACACCUGCAGGAGGAUCAAAGAGGACCACCUGGAUCACAGAGGACCACCUGCAGGAGGAUCAAAGAGGACCACCUGGAUCACAGAGGAACACCUGCAGGAGGAGCAAAGAGGACCACCUGCAGGAGGAUCAAAGAGGACCACCUGCAGGAGGAUCAAAGAGGACCACCUGCAGGAGGAUCAAAGAGGACCACCUGCAGGAGGAGCAAAGAGGACCACCUGCAGGAGGAUCAAAGAGGACCACCUGCAGGAGGAUCAGAGAGGACCACCUGCAGGAGGAUCAAAGAGGACCAUCUGCAGGAGGAUCAAAGACGACCACCUACAGGAGGAUCAAAGAGGACCACCUGCAGGAGGAUCAAAGAGGACCACCUGCAGGAGGAUCAGAGAGGACCACCUGCAGGGGGAUCAAAGAGGACCACCUGCAGGAGGAUCAAAGAGGACCACCUGCAGGAGGAUCAGAGAGGACCACCUGCAGGAGGAUCAAAGAGGACCAUCUGCAGGAGGAUCAAAGAGGACCACCUACAGGAGGAUCAAAGAGGACCACCUGCAGGAGGAUCAAAGAGGACCACCUGCAGGAGGAUCAGAGAGGACCACCUGCAGGGGGAUCAAAGAGGACCACCUGCAGGAGGAUCAAAGAGGACCACCUGCAGGAGGAUCAAAGAGGACCACCUGCAGGAGGAGCAAAGAGGACCACCUGCAGGAGGAUCAAAGAGGACCACCUGCAGGAGGAUCAGAGAGGACCACCUGCAGGAGGAUCAAAGAGGACCAUCUGCAGGAGGAUCAAAGACGACCACCUACAGGAGGAUCAAAGAGGACCACCUGCAGGAGGAUCAAAGAGGACCACCUGCAGGAGGAUCAGAGAGGACCACCUGCAGGGGGAUCAAAGAGGACCACCUGCAGGAGGAUCAGAGAGGACCACCUGCAGGAGGAUCUAUCUCUGUGUGUGAGGCCCCAGUGAGGUCAGAAAGGAGACACCAGAGGGACACCAGAGGUCAGGAGACACCAGAGGUCAGGAAGGAAGUCCAAGAAGACACCAGAGAGGUCAGGAAGGAGGUCCAAGAAAACACCAGAGAAGUCAGAAAGGAGGUCCAAGGAGACACCAGAGAGGUCAGGAAGGAAGGCCAAGAAGACACCAGAGAGGUCAGGAAGGAGGUCCAAGGAGACACCAGAGAGGAGGAGGAUCAAAGAGGACCACCUGCAGGAGGAUCAAAGAGGACCACCUGGAUCACAGAGGAACACCUGCAGGAGGAUCAAAGAGGACCACCUGGAUCACAGAGGACCACCUGCAGGAGGAUCAAAGAGGACCACCUGGAUCACAGAGGAACACCUGCAGGAGGAUCAAAGAGGACCACCUGGAUCACAGAGGACCACCUGCAGGAGGAUCAAAGAGGACCACCUGGAUCACAGAGGAACACCUGCAGGAGGAGCAAAGAGGACCACCUGCAGGAGGAUCAAAGAGGACCACCUGCAGGAGGAUCAAAGAGGACCACCUGCAGGAGGAUCAAAGAGGACCACCUGCAGGAGGAGCAAAGAGGACCACCUGCAGGAGGAUCAAAGAGGACCACCUGCAGGAGGAUCAGAGAGGACCACCUGCAGGAGGAUCAAAGAGGACCAUCUGCAGGAGGAUCAAAGACGACCACCUACAGGAGGAUCAAAGAGGACCACCUGCAGGAGGAUCAAAGAGGACCACCUGCAGGAGGAUCAGAGAGGACCACCUGCAGGGGGAUCAAAGAGGACCACCUGCAGGAGGAUCAAAGAGGACCACCUGCAGGAGGAUCAGAGAGGACCACCUGCAGGAGGAUCAAAGAGGACCAUCUGCAGGAGGAUCAAAGAGGACCACCUACAGGAGGAUCAAAGAGGACCACCUGCAGGAGGAUCAAAGAGGACCACCUGCAGGAGGAUCAGAGAGGACCACCUGCAGGGGGAUCAAAGAGGACCACCUGCAGGAGGAUCAAAGAGGACCACCUGCAGGAGGAUCAAAGAGGACCACCUGCAGGAGGAGCAAAGAGGACCACCUGCAGGAGGAUCAAAGAGGACCACCUGCAGGAGGAUCAGAGAGGACCACCUGCAGGAGGAUCAAAGAGGACCAUCUGCAGGAGGAUCAAAGACGACCACCUACAGGAGGAUCAAAGAGGACCACCUGCAGGAGGAUCAAAGAGGACCACCUGCAGGAGGAUCAGAGAGGACCACCUGCAGGGGAUCAAAGAGGACCACCUGCAGGAGGAUCAGAGAGGACCACCUGCAGGAGGAUCAAAGAGGAGCACCUGCAGGAGGAUCAAAGAGGACCACCUGCAGGAGGAUCAGAGAGGACCACCUGCAGGAGGAUCAAAGAGGACCACCUGCAGGAUCAGACCCAGAAAUAGAUGA